AUGAGUCGGCCAAUUAGCUCACAGCGUAUUGUCAAGACAAAUGCCAAGAAGCGUCGUCCCCCAUUGGCCUGUAUCCAAUGCUACCAGCGUAAGCUCAAAUGUGGAAGAGAGCUUCCAUCAUGCAGUCGCUGCUCAAAGACAGGAAACUCCGAACGGUGCACCUACCGUAGCAACCAAGGAGAAUCAUCGUCUGUGGGUGAAGUACUUAGUGAUGACCAUUCAAGGAAUGCUGGUGUCAUGACAAUGUCCUUGCGCACACCUGUCUCGUUGUUGGAGACUCCAGAAGGACCUUUAGCUUCUUCUGAAUGGAAGGGUAAAGUUACACAUUUGAAAGUACAAGAGACUGCUACAAACUUCUAUGGGUAUAGCUAUCCUUUGAACUUUUAUCAACAGUUUACUGAGCUUCGAUCUUACAUUGUUGGAAUCAAGACCAAAAACUCGGCGAUCAACGCGCUCCGUGAUCAGCUAUAUUCUCUGAACAAUGACAAAUAUCGGCUUCGUCCGCUGGCGCAGGAUACUGUGCUUGAAGACACCUUGAGACAAAUAAUUCCCGUGAAGCCGGUCAUGGACACAUUGGUCCAAACUUAUAUCGACCGAUUUGAGAUAACACACCGAGUGCUCAAUAUAUCGGCUUUCAAUGCUGAUUACAAUCGCCACUGGACUAGUUCACUUCGUACACCCACUUCCUUUUUGGUGCAAAUCCUGCUGGUGGCGGCAGCUGCUGCAAGCUUUCACCCUGGAAUAUGCAUCGAGAUUAUGAAUCAUAAAGCUGUCCAUGACCACGCACGUGAAUGGAUCGAGGUUGCAGAGUCAUGGCUCAAUUCUUUGACCCAUCAUCCUCCUCAAUCCUGCGAAGCCAUAGCGACUCAUUGCCUUCUGCUCAUCGCAAAGCGUGCGAACUACAUACAAGAAAAGUCCUUCUGGACGUAUACUGGGGCGCUGGUCCGGUGGGCUAUGGCGGCAGGGUAUCAUCGUGAAUAUCCCUCGACAGCGAGGUUAUCACUAUACCAUCGGGAGAUUCGUCGCCGCCUUUGGAUGACGAUUGUUGAACUCGAUAUCCAAGCCUCCGUAGAACGAGGAAUGCCCCCAAGUGUCGGAGUCGAAGAUUUCAACAUAUUACCGCCGCUGAAUAUCGAUGACGAAACCUUCCAGGAAUCGAGUCAACACUCUCUAGAAGGUUUGCCGCUUGCUACAUUGACGCACACUACUUUUCAGGCUAUUAUGUAUCGUUCUUUGUCUGUCAGAUUGAGAAUAUGUGCCUUCGUCAAUGGCUGUCGCGAACAAGAUGAUUUUGACCGAGUUUUGCGCCUUGAAGAGGAGCUCGGAGAAGCUCUCCAGGAUAUUCCGGAAUGGAACAACCUUCGAGACGACCCACGACGACAACAGACAAAGAUUUACGUGAAGAGAUCAUUAAACAUUUAUUUGCACCAGUAUAAGAUCUUGUUGCAUAUCCAAUUUGCAAUCCAAGCUCCGCCCUCAUUCAAAUCCUUGAUUUGCCGACGUGAAAGGUUGGAUGCAUCGUUGAAUAUUGUUGACCGCCACCAAAAGCUUGUUCAAGAUGAAAUUGUACCGGAACAAGCUUGCAGGACGGGAUUGAUACUUGCUGCACUGAAUAUCUGUCAUGAACUCUACAUCAGCUUUAAAGCCCAUGGUAUGUAA